AUGUAUGAUAGAAAUUAUGGUACAUUGAAUGUGCUUGACACCAUGUCUAGCAAAUAAUAACUAGUAAAUAAAUGUUUGUGGUUAUAAUCAUGGUAAUUGUUAUUAUUCACUGCUACUAUGGUACAUUAUUAGAAAUGCAGCGAUGGAAUAAGUAUGUGAUACCAUGAAAACAGAGGAGAAAAAGCUGCUAAUCCAAAAAGGUAGUUAAGGAAGACUUCCUGAAAGAGGUGAUGGGUGCUGAGUUUUAAACAGUCAAACUUUGCCAGGUAAGAGGUGAAGAUAGCAGAGCAUUCCAGGCAGGGGAGCUGCGUGAUGGAUUAAAAUAACUGCUGCAGCUGGAAAGUGACAUGUGGAAGUGUAGCUUGAGAAGAAAUGGGAAAGGUAAGUCAUGAUUAGAUCAGAGAUGACCCCCCAUGCCAUGCCAUGCCAUGCUAUGCCAUGCUAUGCCAUGCUAAAGAGUUUGGGCUUUAAAUUCAAUGGGAAGCCACUGAAGGGUUUAAAGAAGGGGAGUGUCCCCGUAACCAAUGCCUUUCUCCCAUCCAAGUACUAACCAGACUCAACCCUGAUUAGCUUCAGAGAUCAGAUGAGAUCAGGCACAUUCAAGGUAUUAUGGCCGUAAAUGAUACAUGCCUUUCUGAGAGCUCACUGGCUGUUGUGUGGAGGACUGGUUGGAAGAGAUGACUUCAGAGACAGAGAACUCAUUAUGGUUAUUGCAGUAGUCCUCCUAAGACCUGAUGGGCCCCAAGGCAGAGGCAGAGUCAGUGGAGAGCUUUCUGGGACUGUGGUUCUCAAAGUGCGGUUCACAGAACACGACAAGUCCCUAAAGCCCUUUCAAGGGGGCUGCAAAGUCAAAACUAUUUUAAUAAUAAAAUUAAGUCAGUAAUAUUCAAAACUAUUUUCAUAUUCAUAUUAAGGCAUUUUCUCUGUGGUAAACUUCAAUUAAUAAUAAAAAGCAAUGAUGGGUGAAUCUGCUGGUAUUUUUAGCAUGACCAUCCACUAAUAAUCUUGCUUUCACUAUGCCCUCACAGAAAAAUAUGUCAAUUCAUCUUUAGAAUAUUCUUAAUGAAGCAAUAAAAAUACUAUUUUCAUUAAAUAUUGACCUCUGAAUACACCCAUUUUUCAUACUCUGUACGAUGUAAUGAAAUUGGUAUGGUGAUGGGAGGAGAGGGGAGGGGUCAUAGGAGGAGGUUGCCCAAGGCAACAAUAAACAAGCUAGCACUGCAGGCAACAGAUCUCCCUAGCCCUGGGCGGAAACAUGGCAGGAGGAGACUUUGCACAGAGCCUAGGCAAGGCUGAGGAGGGUGACUGACAGAGGAAAAAACCCUCCUACUCCCUUCUAGAACAUGGUUGCAGGGGGAGGUGCAGAGUUGCCAGUCUAGCCUGAAAAAGAAUAGAUUGGCUGGGAAGCUGGACAGUUCAGGAGCACAAGGAAUUAUGGGCUGGGAGAGUUAAACUGAGGGAAGGCAAAGAUUCAGCCUUUUUCCCUUCCUUGAGGAUCAGCUUGGAUGAUUGCCCAGAGGCCGCCUAUGGUUUCCCAAAGGAUGGUGUUUUAAAUAGGAUAAGGAACUCCAGGCACAGCCUUGAACUGGUCUGGCAGAGGGUAGAGGGCUUUUUCUAUGGUUGCUCUAGAGCGGACAGGUUCUGAGGCAGAAGCCUGCUAUUCUUCCCAAAUUGUGUAGCUUUUCAAUAAAAUACUCUUUCAUUUCCACCAAACAUUUGCCCCUGGAAUUUGCCUAUGGGUGGUGGGCAGCAGUACUCAGUGUCUGUCAGCAAGAGGAAGAACCACAUAAAGUACUUCUUUUAUACAGAGAAAUACAAUGUAUCAAAAAAGUGCUUUUUUCAUGGAACUCCAUUUUUGCCUAAAAAAUGAUAAACUAAGGUCGUUCAUACAACCUUAGUCGUUCAAAUGAUAAACUAAGGUCGUUCAAAGUUGUAACUUUGGGACACAUUUUCUUAAAAAUGAACAAAGUGAACCUGCCACUUCAAGGAAAACAACAGCUCUUUGUUUUUCUCAUAGUCUUUGUUAUUUAUUGUAUUUGUUGCUGAUGACAACAUGUGAGUUUUCAGGCAAAAAUUCAAAUGUUGGAAACUUGUUCCCCCCACUAUGAAUGUUAACAGCUUCCCAGUUCUUAAAUAUUUUUCUGAGGAGUAAGUUGCUAUGGAUUAAAUUGUGUCCCUCCAAAAACAUAUUGAAGUCCUAAUUCUUGGUACCAAUGAACGUGACCUUAUUUUGAAAUUGGGACUUUGCAGAUAUAACCAACAUAAGAGGAGUUCACACUCCUUAUGUAAAGAGAGAUUUGAGUAAGUGGUCACAGGCACACACAGGAAAGGAGGCCACGUGCAGAAGGAGGCAGAGACUGAAGCAAUGAAGCCACAAACUAAGAAAUGUCAAGGAUUAGUGGCGACCUCCGAAAGCUGGGACACAGGCACGGAACACACUCUCCUUCGGUGCCUCGGGAAGGAACGAGCCUUACCAACAAACACUUUCAUUCCGGACAGCUCGCCUCUAAAAAGGAGAGAAUAAAUUUCUGGUUUUUUAAGUCAAUAAACUUUUGUUUGUGUUGCUUUGUUGCAGCAGCCCUGCCCAAUGUGAUUGUUUGAUGGUGGAAGGAAGUGCGUCGAUGUUUGAAAAAUGGGUAUAACUUGUUGGAGCCCAAGAGGCCUGUGAGGGGUCGAGGAUAGGGUCUAGCACUGCGGGUGUGGUGACUGGGCCUGGUUUCCGGCCUCGGAGCUAUCUUGGGUUAUAACAGUUCUCUGACCCCUUGAGAAACUAGCCGCUUCUCCCAUCAACUCAUAUCUUUGGCCUGUGCAUCAUGUACCAAGAAAGUAUGUUAGCUUGGGAACGUCCGGACUCUAAGGGAAGAGAUAAACUUUGUAGGUCAAGGAAGUGAGCUACAUGCCAGAAGGCUUCUCCUUUGUUCUCCUUUGUAUCCAAGAUUGUAUAUAAGCCAGAAGACUGCGCAAUAAACUUGCCUUAUGCCAGCAGAGCAUUUGGUCCUCUCCUUUAUUUCAGUCCCUCGCUCAGCCUCACGACCACCCUUUCUGCAGCGGGCUGCGGCAGAGUGGCGCCCAGAACAGGGACCUGAAGAGUCCAGAAUCGUGAGGAUUUGAGAUCCCGAGAGGACCGCUGCUACGGGGGCCCGAUUGAUACUUCGCACCUGCAGACUUUGCAUGAUUUUCAGACCCUACUAGGAGAAAUCAACUGGAUACGCCCAUCUUUGAAACUUACCACCGGCGACCUUAAGCCUCUUUUUACUUUGCUUAACGGAGAUUCCAAUCCUGCCUCUGCUCGAGCGCUCACCCCGAGCGCGGUCAUGUUACUGAGGAACCGGAGUACCCAUCCCCGGAGAGCCCAGAAGAGACUCCAGCAGUUAGCGCUGAUCUUGAGCCUCCUGUGGAUACUGAAAACUCAAGUGAAGGCUGAAGAAUAUUGGGCCUUUCUUCCCAAUCCUCCCGUCCUGCAUCCAGUUACUUGGGAGGACAAUGAUUUUGUGCCUGUUUAUGUGAACAAUACCCAGGUCUUAGGCCCGCCAUCUUCCGGGCAUAUCUUGCCCGUGUCAGCUAAGUAUAAUUAUACCGGCUUGUCAACUACUCAACCCAUUUGCUUUUCUUCGACCCCAAGAAAUUGUACUCUUAUCUCCAGGUAUGCUGAUUGGGAUGGUAAUUUCACUGAUGGACCUCAUUGGGGUGUGGACAUGCUUUAUCUUCAUAGAAAUGUGAGCACCACUACUAUUGGCCAGGGGUCCCCUCCUCCUGACAUCCCGGUAUGCAAGCAGAGAACGCCCUCUCAGAGCCAGUGGGGCCCGGCAUGGAGAAUUUGUCAUCUCAACCAUACCGUUUGUGAUCAAGGGAUUUGUGACUGGAGUGAUUACCGAGAAGGGACCUACAGGCCCAUAAACCUUCUAUAUGGAAUAUGGACAAAGAAUAAUCGGACCUAUCAGACUAUGCUUUGGAAGGCUGUCGCCUCCCUCCAAUAUAUCACCGUAGCCAAGAGACAAGUAGUUUGGAUGCAUAUAGGAACACAAGACGCUAUCUCCGUAGACGGAACCCAGAAAAAUGUAUCUGUCAUAGCUUGUGUACCUGACCCCUUCGCGUUUAUCGCAGGGAAUUUACAGCUUGCUCAGAAUACCAUGUAUAAUCUAACCUGUCAUGAUUGCAUUUUAACCAAUUGUCUUAAUUCCUCCUUGAAUGUGAGCUGCUCGAGCAAACAUAAGUAACGAGGAUCCUCUUUUGCAUUUGAAGUCUAGACUGUUUGACCCUGAGGUGGUAAGGCGAGACGUUGCCAGAAGUCCACCCAGGGGCUCCCAAAGGAGGGGACGCCCUCGGGAGUAAUGACUAGGUCACUUUUGGUUUGGAUGCGUGAGAACCGCGGUUCGCCUGUAUGAGAAGAAAUUAGGUUCGCUUGUGUAAGAAGAGAAACUAUGUCUGUGCCGGCGUCAGUCUUUGUUUGUUAUGGCUAUGUCAGUGUCUGUGUUUCUAUGUCUAGUUUGUGAUUUUUGUCUCUGAGCGUGUUUGUAAGCCAAAUGAACAGCUUAUAUGUCAACCUGAAGCGGCAGAAAUUGGAUAUGACCAAAACAAAAUUCCACUAUAUUAUAUAAAGUAAAAAAGGGGGAGAUGUUGGAGCCCAAGAGGCCUGUGUGAGGGGUCGAGGAUAGGGUCUAGCACUGCGGGUGUGGUGACUGGGCCUGGUUUCCGGCCUCGGAGCUAUCUUGGGUUAUAACAGUUCUCUGACCCCUUGAGAAACUAGCCGCUUCUCCCAUCAACUCAUAUCUUUGGCCUGUGCAUCAUGUACCAAGAAAGUAUGUUAGCUUGGGAACGUCCGGACUCUAAGGGAAGAGAUAAACUUUGUAGGUCAAGGAAGUGAGCUACGUGCCAGAAGGCUUCUCCUUUGUUCUCCUUUGUAUCCAAGAUUGUAUAUAAGCCAGAAGACUGCGCAAUAAACUUGCCUUAUGCCAGCAGAGCAUUUGGUCCUCUCCUUUAUUUCAGUCCCUCGCUCAGCCUCACGACCACCCUUGCCGCAGCGGGCUGCGGCAAUAACUCAGUGGACCAAUAUUUCCAAACACCUAGUAUGUAAUUUUACAAAAAAUACAUGGAUAAACGAUCCAUUCAAAUUGUAGAAUAGUCCAAAAGAUUUUCAUAUAAGAGAGUAUUAAUUGUUCACUAUAAGAUUUCAGUUGCCUCUAACCUUUAGGAAACUAAUACUUGUGUCUUGUAGAGUGGUAUCAAAGAAAACAACACAUAAUUAUGCGAAAAAGCUGUAAAAAAUCCUCUCCCUUUUCUAACAUAUUAUCAGUGCGAAGCUCGAUUUUUUCCAAAUACUUCAGCCAAAAUAAUAUAUUGAAAAAAACUGACUGCAGAGGCAGAUGUGAUUGUCCAGCUGUCUCCUAUUAAGCCAGACAUUAAAGAGAUUUGCAAAAUGUAAAAACAAUGCAAUUCUUCUCAUUAAUUUAUUGUUUUAAAAGUGGAAUUAUUUCCAUAAAAAUAUUUAUGUUACUAUGUGACGGGUGUACUGUUUUUUGAAUAAAUAUUUCCAAACCGUUUUAAUUUUUAGUAAGUACAUGUUUCUGAAUACACACAGCUACAGUAAUUGAAGGCCCAGGAAAGAACACUAUUACAAAGGGAGAGAACUGUCCCGAGAAGAGCUCUCAGGAUGAAGACCACGGUUACACCAACAUUAAGGCAGAGCAAGAAAGUCCGUUUGAAACCAAUCUAUGAGUCAGAAAAAGAGUGUCCAGGGAGAAGAGAAACCUCACAGAGAGGGACGACUCAGAAACAAAGUAAGGCAGAAUUUUCAACAAGGAAAGGGUCAAUAGCGGCAAAUCCUAUAAAGCUAUCAAUGGCUGAAAGCAAUGCAGAGGAAGAGCAGGCAUGGAGACAGCAGACGAGUGUGACUCCGAAGUAACCAGCCUGUGUUUGGGCAGAAGUGAGAAGAGGAAUAUUGACACGACGGGUGGGAAGAAGGCCCGAGGAGAGCAGACAUUCAAAAUUCAGAAAAGAGAAGUAUGAGCAAUAGAACAAGACCCUCCAAGAAGGCCAGAGGAUCAGAGGAUAGGAUUUUCAAGUGCUCAGAGGACAGUGGGGAGGAAGAAGGCAAGCCCAGAAUGGCUUUGGAGCCAGACUAUCUGAUUCAAGUCUUGCUGCUGCCAGCUGGUAAAUGAUGGGGCCUGAAUGUUUGUGUCCUCUUAGAAUUCAUAUAUUAAAAUUCUAAUCCCUUCUAAUCCCCAAAGUGAUUGUGUUCAAAGACAGUGCUUUAGGGAAACACCGUACUUUGCUGCAUAUAAUGUGCACACACAUUUUUGGCACAAACUUUAAGGGAAAAAAUCUUUCAUUUUAAUUUUUCAAUCCAAUGU